ACGCCAGUCGGAGCACGAGUCUAGUUCUUCUCUCUUCAUUCUGGACACAAUUUCCACAAAUCUCAUCCGCUGGAAACUGCGUGUUGUCCCUCGACGUUAUGGGGCGUACCUACGUGUGUCCGCAUCACAGAUGAGUGAGCCGAGGGACCAGGGCCAUAAAUACUUGGUGUGGCAGCAGGAGAUUUGGAUGGACCCCGGAGGAGAAGAUACAGCUGGAGGAACCGUGCGCACUGCAAAGGAGCAGCAGCUUUUCUGCAAGUUAAAACAUCUCACUGGGAAGAAGAAAAACCUCCUCAGUUGCCACCGUGAAGGCUGCGGUGCUUCUGUCUAACAUGGGAAGUCAAUGAGUCCUUAAUUGGCGGAGACAAAAAAAAAACUUCUUGUAUUUUCCUCCCGGAAGUGCGAUGUAGUUGAACUUCUCGUGAUCAAAGUGAACAGUUUCGUCCCGAGAUGAGAGCGCUUUCCCCGCUGAGCCGGGCCGUCCUUGGACUCGCGUGGAGCUGCCUGAGCUUUCUGUCGUGCGCUCAUUGCGGGUUAAGUGACAACCAUGUGCACUCGAGUUUUAUUUACAGGAGGUUGCGCAAUCACGAACGCAGGGAGAUCCAGAGAGAGAUCCUCUCCAUCCUGGGCCUGCCGCACCGUCCGAGGCCCUUCUCUCCCGGGAAACAGGCGUCCUCCGCGCCUCUGUUCAUGCUCGACCUGUACAACGCCAUGGCCGUGGAGGAGGAGGAGGAGGACGAGGAGGGGAUGCAGCGGCAGCUGGGUGCCGGGAAGGGCGUCAGUGCCAAGGGCCAAGGGCACGGCAGGAAAGCGCACUACAGCCCCCAGCAGGCCGGCUACUCGCGCGCAGCGCAGCCCUACCGAGCGGCCCCGCUGAUGGGCCACAGCCCCGCACUCAGCACGGUGCAAGACACCAGCUUCCUCAACGACGCCGACAUGGUUAUGAGUUUUGUCAAUUUAGUGGAGAAGGACAAAGAUUUUUCUCACCAACGAAGACACUACAAGGAAUUCCGUUUUGAUCUGACUCAGAUCCCGGAGGGAGAGGCGGUGACUGCUGCAGAGUUUCGGAUCUAUAAGGACCGCAGUCACGCCCGCUACGACAAUGUUACUCUGAAGGUUGCUAUAUAUCAAGUCCUCAAGGAAUAUCAAAACAACGAUGCAGAGACGUUCUUGCUUGAUUCUAAAAAGGUCCAGGCAUCGGAUGGAGGCUGGUUAGUGUUUGACCUCACAGCCACUAGUAACCACUGGGUGAUGAACCCACAGCAGAACUUGGGCCUGCAGCUCUGUGUGGAGACUGCAGAUGGUCGAAGUAUCAACAUGAAAUCCGCUGGAAUCAUUGGGAGGAAUGGGCCUCAGUCCAAACAGCCUUUCCUGGUUGCUUUUUUCAAGGCCAGUGGGGUGUUGCUUCGUUCUGUCAGAGCUGCUGGUGGUAAAAAAAAGAACCACAAUCGCAAUAAAUCUAUCAAUCAGCAAGAAUCAUCUCAGGCACCAAAAGCUGGAGAUUACAACACAAGUGAGCAGAAGCAAGCCUGCAAGAAGCAUGAACUAUACGUCAGUUUUCGAGAUUUGGGCUGGCAGGAUUGGAUCAUCGCACCUGAGGGUUAUGCUGCUUUUUAUUGUGACGGUGAAUGCUCUUUUCCACUCAACGCACACAUGAAUGCAACAAAUCAUGCCAUUGUGCAAACGCUGGUCCAUUUAAUGUUCCCUGACAACGUGCCAAAGCCAUGCUGUGCCCCGACCAAGCUCAACGCAAUAUCAGUGCUUUACUUUGAUGACAGCUCAAACGUGAUCCUAAAGAAAUACAGGAAUAUGGUAGUUAGGUCUUGUGGUUGCCAUUAGUGGCCACGCUAUCUUCAGUUUUUUAUUUAUGUGUCUGGUAUGGGAAUUGCUGGAAAACCCAUCUGUUUCAGGUGUGAUGUGAUGUACAGUAUUAUGUAUAUAAAGUUGUAUUAUCUAAUUUAUUUUCCUUUUUUCUAAAAUAGCACUGAAUAUUGUGAUCUUUAAAUGAUUUGGACAAAAUAUCGAUUUUCCUACAUGUCAUUUUUCAGUUCAUGUUUUAGUCCAUUGGCAUAUAGUCUUUUUCAGUUACGUCUGUAUGAUAACUUCUAUGAGUAAACUAUUCACUGGAGUCAUCGUGAUGCAUAACGUCGCCUGCCCCUCAGCCUAUUUAUUUUUCAUAUUUACAACAUAUACUUGCUAUAAAUUCUCUACGAUUAUACAAGGCUGUCGUUAUUUGGUGAUUUUCUUCAUUGUUAAUUUGUCUCUUAGUUUCAUUGUUUAUUCCGACAUUAUUAAUGAUACAUACAGAAGAAUGUAGCAUCACAGGUUAACUGGAAAAAUCACACAGUCAACAAGAUGAUGCCAUUGGCCCUGACAUCAAAGCUUCAACUGACUGUCAGAAAUUUUGUAAAGCAAAUUGGAAAAAAAAAAAGAAAUAGCGGGUGUUCCAACCUGCCCAAAGCUAUUUUCAAGCCUCCACUCUCCUUAAGCACUGAUGCUGUUUCUCCUUUUCCAAGCCAGGUUUUUUUUUUCAUAAGAGAGUGUGUUAACAGACGGAUUGCACUUGUAACGUUGAGUGUUCACUUAUGAAUGCUUUACAAAUAAUGUCAUUUUUAAAACAUGGUAAUGUAAAUGUCUUCCAUAAACACAGUUUUUUGGUUCCUGGGAACUAGCUGCAAACAUCUCUGCACCACUCUAAUUCAAUCUUAUGUUUGGGGAAAGUAUAUCUUAAUGUAGAGUGUAUUUUAAUAAAUGUACCACUUGAAA